AUGUGUCGACGAGACGCCGAGCUGCCUUCGGCCAGCAUGGACAUCUCCAAGGGUCGACAAGUUCUGCCCAAGAAUGUUAAACCCCUCCACUACGACCUCGUCCUCGAGCCGGAUCUCGAAAAGUUCACAUUCGACGGACAAGUGACCAUCGACUUGGAUGUGGUCGAGGACACCACCUCCAUUACACUCAAUGCGCUGGAAGUGGAGAUUCACGAGUCCAAAAUCACCUCUGGCAGUGAGACAAUCCAUGCGUCGGGGAAGCCAACAUACGAUGAGGAUGGUCAGACGGCAAAGAUUGACUUCGCCCAGAAGAUCCCCGCCGGUUCCAAGGUGAAGCUUCACCAAAAGUUCACCGGGUCGUUGAACGAUAAAAUGGCGGGCUUUUAUCGCUCAAAAUACAAGGACGAGAAGGGGCAAGAGAAGUACCUGGCAACAACCCAAUUCGAGCCCACCGACGCACGUCGCGCACUGCCCUGCUGGGAUGAGCCUGCGCUCAAAGCCACUUUCACCGUCACUCUCAUCGCCGACCCCCACUUGACUUGCUUGAGCAACAUGGACGAGGCCAGUGAGAAGGAAGUCGAUUCCAAGCUGGUCGGACGCAAGCGCAAGGCCGUGACGUUCAACAAGACUCCCCUCAUGUCGACCUAUCUCCUCGCUUUCAUCAUCGGCGAGUUCAAGGUCUUUGAGUGCAACGACUUCCGCGUCCCCGUCCGAACCUUUGUCACUCCCGACCAAGACCCCGAGCAUGGCCGCUUCGCCGCCGAACUCGGCGCAAAAACCCUUGCAUUCUACGAGAAAGAAUUUGACAACAAAUUCCCGCUGCCCAAGAUGGACCAGGUCGCCGUGCCCGACUUCGCCGCCGGUGCCAUGGAGAAUUGGGGUCUAGUCACGUACCGCGAGGUCGCCAUCUUGCUCGAUGAGAAGAACGCGAGCGCCUCUCGGAGAGAGAGGAUUGCCGAAACUGUGCAGCACGAACUUGCGCACCAGUGGUUUGGCAACUUGGUCACCAUGGACUUCUGGGAUGGACUCUGGUUGAACGAAGGUUUUGCGACGUGGAUGUCGUGGUAUGCCGCGAAUGCACUCUACCCCGAGUGGAAGGUGUGGGAGACCUUUGUGCAGGAAACACUGCAAGGCGCCCUGGCGCUCGACGGUCUGCGCAGCUCGCAUCCCAUCGAAGUGCCAGUGCAGCGAGCGGACGAGAUCAACCAAAUCUUCGAUGCCAUCUCUUACGAAAAAGGGUCGGCCGUGAUCCGCAUGAUCUCCAAGUAUCUCGGUGAAGAUGUGUUUAUGGAGGGCAUUCGGCGAUACAUCAAGAAAUUCGCCUACCGCAACACGGUGACAGAAGACCUGUGGGAGAGCUUGAGCGAGGCCAGCGGCAAGGAUGUUGUGCACCUGGCUGAUAUCUGGACGAAACACAUCGGCUACCCCGUCAUCUCCGUUACCGAGGACGCAUCGAACAAGUCGAUCAAGAUCAAACAGAACAGAUUCCUCCGAACUGGCGAUGUGAAGCCGGAAGAGGACCAGAUCAUCUACCCGGUGGUCCUCGGAAUCCGCACGAAAGAUGGUGUUACGCGCGACGCCGUCCUCGACGCGCGCGAGCGAAGCUUCCCGGUGCCAGACUCCGAUUUUUACAAACUCAAUGCCGACCAUACUUCGCCAUACCGCACUUCGUACACGACGGAGCGUCUGCAUAAGCUGGGCGAGAAUGCCAAGGCUGGUCUGCUCACGGUCGAGGAUCGGACGGGCAUGAUUGCUGACGCCGGCGCGCUGUCCAGCGCCGGGUACCAGAAGACGUCCGGCUUGCUCUCUCUGCUGAAAGGUUUCGACGCCGAGCCGGCAUUUGUGGUAUGGGGUGAGAUUACCUCGCGCAUCGGUUCGGUGCGAGCCGCGUUCACGUACGAGGAUGACAAGACGAAGGAUGCGCUCAAAGCAUUCCAAAGAGAUCUGUCGAGUCCCAAGGCUCAUGAGCUUGGGUGGACGUUCAGCCCCAACGACGGCCACAUGGAUCAGCAGUUCAAAGGCAUGAUGUUUGGCAGUGCUGCGUCCGCUGGCGACGAGAAGACAAAGGCCGCAGCAUUCGAGAUGUUUGAGAAGUUUGUGGCGGGCGAGCGCAAGGCGCUGCACCCCAACCUUCGAUCCAGCGUGUACUCCGUCGUGCUGCAGUACGGCGGGGAGAAGGAGUACGACGCGAUCGUCCAGGCGUACGAAACCGCCGCAACCAGUGAUGAGCGCGUGACGGCGCUGAGCGCACUGGGCCGCGCUCGCGAUCCCAAGCUCGUCAAGCGGACCAUCGACUUUGCAUUCAGCGACCGCGUGAAGGACCAAGACAUCUACCUGCCGCUUACCGGCUUGAGGGCGCAUCGCGAGGGGCAAGAGGCAUUGUGGGCGUACGUCAAGGGGAAUUGGGAGUUUGUGGUGAAGAAGAUGCCGCCGGCAUUUACCAUGCUAGGUGAAGUGGUCAUGAUGUCCACCAGCGGCUUCACCAAGGAGGAACAGCUCCAAGACGUCACCGCCUUCUUCGAGGGGAGGAGCAACAAGGGCUUCGAGCGGAAUCUGGCGCAGACCAAGGACUCCAUCCGCAGCAAGAUUUCGUGGAUCUCGCGCGAUGCGGAUGACGUGAGGGCAUGGUUGAAGGAGAACAAGUACUUGUAG